AUGUCUUUCUUCCACAACGCUUGGAAGGCUCUGGACGGCUUUGGACAAGAGGCCGGCAAACGCGUUGGCGGCGCCGCACACCAGACAUUCAAGCAUCUCGACGCUUUCGGACAAGAUGCAGGUAGAAAAAUCGGACCUGCUCUUGGGGAAGCUUGGAAGCACAUGGAUGCGUUCGGUCAAGAGGCUGGAAAGCAGGUCGGCGGCGCCGCACACCAAACGUUCAAGCAUCUCGAUGCCUUCGGUCAAGACGCAGGUAAAAAGAUCGGUCCCGCUCUGGAGGAGUCAUGGAAGCAUAUGGAUGCGUUUGGUCAAGAGGCUGGGAAACAUACCAGCCUCGCGGCAGCAAGGACUAAGCAAUGGGUCGAAAAGCAUCCAGGAGAGACCGCUGGCAUCGUCGCGUGUGUUGUGGCUGCUCCCAUCGGUAUCGGAGCCGCGUAUGCUGUUUUGAAUAUGGUGGGCUUCACGGCUACGGGGGUUGCAGCUGGAUCAGCCGCUGCAGCAGCGCAAUCGGGGAUUGGUAGUGUCGCAGCUGGAAGUACUUUUGCGGUUCUGCAAAGCGCGGCAGCAGGAGGUGCUGGUGCUACACUCGUCAGUGGCGUCGCUGGAGGCACGGCCACCGGCAUUGCUGUUGCUGCCACGACUCCUGGAUUGAUCAAAGCUAUACAGGAAGGCAAGAAGGAGGUCACGAUCGAUGAUGUCACGUACAAAAUCGAAGACAAAGAGGAGGCGGAACCGUCACCACCAGCUCAGUAG